UGAGAUGAAGGUGAAGGCUCUCAUCGAGGACAAUGGCAGGACCUUCCAUUGCGACGCCCAGAACGGCCUGGGAGUCGUUCUCUCCACAAACAUAUCACUGAAUGUGCUGCAUGGGCCAGUCUGGAUGUCGGUGCCGAGCGGAACCAUCGACGUCCAUGAAAAAGAGGACCUGUUGGUGACGGCUUCGGCCUCUGCAAAUCCUCCACCAGUGAAGUACAGCUGGUGGCACGGUCCUCUGGAGUUGGAGGGCCAAGUGGAGCCUGUCGCUGGAGGAGGAGGAGGGGGGGGAGGAGGAGGAGGAGGAGUAGGAGAGGGCCAACUGGAAGGGCGCCUUGAGAUGAGAAGGGUCCAUCGCCAGGAGUCCGGAGAAUACUCUGUCACUGCCACAAGUCCCAGGGGAACUGCCACCGCUUCCUUCGUCAUUAAUGUCCAGUACGGUCCUGAGAACAUCGUGACAUCCAAACGGGUGACGGUGGAUGAGGGUGGCUCAGCUUCCGUCCUCUGUACAGCAGUUGGGAAUCCUACACCGAACGUGACCUGGGUCAGACAGGAGGAUAACAGCAGCAACUCCGAGGUUCUCUCUUGGGGCAUCGGCGAAGCCAGACUCUCGAUCGAGGGGGCGACCAGAGCAGACACGGGAUUCUACCUGUGCCUCGCCUCCAACGUCGUCUCCAGGGCGGAGCCCGUUCGCGCGGCGGUCGUCGUGACUCAAACUCCAGAGGUUCCCGACGAAGUGGAAGAAGGCGCAGAAGAGUCCUACCUGAGUCCCUGGGCUCACUUGGGGGGGACGGCCCGCCUGGAGUGCAGCGUGAAAGCCGCCCCUUCGCCCACUUUCAAGUGGACCAUCAACGAGGACCGAGUUCUGCUAAAUGACCGGAAGUAUUUCAUAAGGGUGCCUGAGGUCGAGAGUGAACUUCCAUCGCCAGAAGACCGCUGGUGUGACACAGAGGUCCUCUUCAGAGAUUCCCCGGUGCUGACAUUUAAACUGCCAAUUUAG